UCCACAUAUAAUGGGAUUGGUAUUGAAGGAAUGGCCGACAACGAGGCAAAAGCACGUAAGAAGCUCGAGGAAGCCGAGAAGAAGGCGAAAGGAGGUGGNUAGUUUAUUCGGAGGUAGCAAAACGGAUGAAGCAGCCGACCUCUUUGUACAGGUUCGUUGGCUUGUCUUCUUUUCGCAGUAG